ACGGGCGCUGUCCGCGGUGCUUCAGGGCCCGGGCACCCCCAAGCCCCCCCCGGCCAUGGGGGCCCGCGCCGCCGGCCCGGGGGGGGACGGCUACAACGAGGACCUGCUCCACAAGACAAUCCUGGUUGGAGACAGUGGUGUGGGGAAGACAUCUCUGCUGGUCCAGUUUGACCAGGGCAAGUUCAUUCCUGGCUCCUUCUCUGCCACCGUGGGCAUUGGGUUUACGGUGAUGUUACUUGGAGACUCGGGCGUGGGGAAAACCUGCUUCCUGCUCCAGUUCAAAGACGGGGCCUUUCUCUCCGGGACGUUCUUAGCCACCGUGGGCAUAGAUUACCGGAACAAAGUGGUGGCUGUGGAUGGUGUGAAGGUGAAGUUGCAGAUUUGGGACACAGCAGGACAGGAGCGUUUCCGCAGCGUCACCCACGCCUACUACCGGGAUGCCCAAGCCCUGCUCCUGCUCUACGAUAUCACCAGCAAGAUGUCCUUUGACAACAUCCGCGCCUGGCUGACGGAGAUCCAUGAGUACGCCCAGAAGGACGUGGUCAUCAUGUUGCUGGGCAAUAAGGCUGAUGUGAGCAGCGAGAGGGCUGUGAGGACAGAGGAUGGAGCAUCACUGGCCAGGGAGUACGGAGUGCCUUUCAUGGAGACGAGUGCCAAGACAGGCAUGAACGUGGAGCUGGCCUUCCUGGCCAUUGCCAAGGAGCUGAAGCAGCGCACGGUGCAGCCGCUGGAUGAGCCCCGCUUCCAGAUCCAUGAUUACAUCGAGUCACAGAAGAAGAAAUCCAGCUGCUGUGCCUUCUCCUGAGGGUAGCCCAGAGGAGCUGGCAGGCCUGGGGGCCCAGGCAAGAGGCAGAGCAGGGCCCAAUCCUGCCCUCAAGCACUAGAGGGAACCAGGCUCCGACAAGCCAGGGUGAAUGGGACAGUACAGUGGAGCAGAGUGCAUGAGGAGGGCCCUUGUCCUGGUGCCAGGAUUCAGGUUCUGCUGCCCUGCAGAGCAAUGACCUGUGUGCCAUCGUGGGAAUCACUGUGGUGUGGUGACUGCCAGCCUGGCCAGUGAGCCAUGGUGGAUCCAUCACCUCCACCACGUGAGCAGGAUGCAGGACACAGCCACACACCUCACUGAGGGACCCUUGGAGGCUGAAGGGGCUGUUCCAUGGAUGAGCCCCCCUGCAGCCCCCAGUCCUGCCCUCCCCUGCAGCUCUUCCUGCUCACAGCACUGCUGUUGUCCAGCUGGAAGGGUCUGAUCCAGCCCCCAUGUCCCUGGUGCUGCCAGGCUCUGACUUCCCUCCAAGGAACCUCAGCUCUGCCCCUCAGGCUGCCCCACACCCUGAUGCCCACGCUCAGCUGUGGCUCCUCACUUCUGCAGUUGCUGCCAAUGGCUUUUAUCCAAUGGCUUUUAUCCUCCUGCCACCACAAAGGCAAUGAAGUCCCCAUUGUAUCUGGGGGACAAGGGAAAGGCUCUGCUCAAGGGAAGGGCUGGGAUGGGGAAGAGUCCAUCCAAACCUGCUCCCUGCCCACACAGCUGGUGUGAGAAGUAAAAUUCUCCUGGCAGCAUCCGAGCAAUGCUUGUGGCACUUCUGGUACACACAGCAAUCUGGAAAAACUUGGCUUUCCCCAUGUUGCAGCCAUAGAAAUCAGAGGUGGUUUAUUUUUGUUUGUUUGUUUGUGGUUUUUGUGUGUGUUUGUUUUUUGUUGUUGUUGGGGGGUUUCCUUUUCUUGUUGUUUGUUUGUUUGUUUGUUUUAAACAAGAAAAGGGUUUUUUUCAACACCUCCAGAUUAAACAAUCUCCAGCCUCAUGUAGGAGGUGCCCAUGGUGGCAUCACCUGGGGUGAUGCUCCAGUCCUGCUGCCUCCCAGGCCAGGCUGGGUUUCUCUCCCAUCACUGCCCAUGUAAUACAACUAUGCCUUCCUGCUGCUGGCAAAUAACAGCUGGAACCCACUUUCUCUAGGCCAGAUGCCUGAGACCCUUCAGCCAGCAAACACUACUCUGUUGGGCACUGGUGGGGCUCAGGGACAUCCCUGGUGCUCAGCCCAGCUCUGUUGCUCCCUCGAGCACACUGUUCACUCCCCUGAGCACUACCCAGAGCAGUCAGAUGGUGAAUAUUUGGUUGUGUAGCUGAAGCACUGAUGCAGAGAGCAGCUGUGGAGGGUAUGGCACUGCUGCACGUAGGAGUCAGGGACUGUCCAGCACAUCUGUCCCCAUUAGUAUCUUCCCUGGCUCUGUGCCUGACUGCUCAUGUCUCACCUGCCCCUGUGCCUCCUUCACCUUUGCUCUGCCCCUGGAUCUCUCUUUGCAAGUUUACAGAUUAAAGCUGAGUAUUUUUGAGGC